ACCCGUUAGCAUCACGCUAGGGGGCAGCAGAGUGCAGUUGUUUUUGUGUAGAGAGAGAAGAGACACACUUCGCUACUGGAAAGUAUUCCACAACUCCAGUGAAUAACCGUUUGUACAAGUGGUGACUAGUCCAUACUAGAGCCUUGUCAUCAUGUCUGGUGGUCCAGCGGUGAGGGUCAGCAUCGAGUCUUCCAGUGAGAAGCAGGUGCAGGAAGUGGCCUUGGAUGGAACAGAAACAUACGUCCCCCCUUUGUCCAUGUCCCAGAACUUGGCAAAGUUGGCACAAAGAAUUGACUUCAGCCAGGGAUCUGACUCCGAGGAGGAUGGGAUCGAGGGCGAACCCAGGGACCGCGAGUGGACCAAGCAGGAGCCAGAGGAAGAGGAAGGCACGGUGAAGUUUCAGCCAUCUCUUUGGCCCUGGGAUUCAGUGCGUAACAACCUGCGCAGUGCCCUCACAGAGAUGUGUGUGCUCCACGACGUGCUCAGCGUGGUGAAGGAGAAGAAGUACAUGGCCUUAGACCCAGUGUCUCAGGAUCCUACAGCUAACAAGACCCCCCAGGUGUUCCAGCUGAUCAGUAAAAAGAAAUCAUUGGGCACAGCAGCGCAGCUCCUGCUGAAGGGAGCAGAGAAGCUCAGCAAGUCAGUAGCAGAGAACCAGGAGAACAGGAGGCAGAGAGACUUCAACUCGGAGCUGCUGCGACUCCGCUCCCAGUGGAAGCUCCGCAAAGUGGGAGACAAGAUCCUAGGAGACCUGAGCUACCGGAGCGCAGGCUCCCUUUUUCCACACCAUGGCACGUUUGAGGUGAUCAAGAACACGGACAUUGAUCUGGACAAAAAGAUCCCAGAGGACUACUGCCCCCUUAAUGUCCAGAUCCCCAGUGAUUUGGAGGGAUCUGCUUAUAUCAAGGUGUCCAUCCAGAAACAAGCUCCAGACAUCGGUGAUCUGGGAACCGUCAGCUUGUUCAGGAGGCCGCCGAAAACCAAAGCCGGUACCCAGCAGUGGCAUGUGAAGCUGGAGGCGGCUCAGAACGUUCUGCUGUGUAAGGAGAUCUUCGCCCAGCUGUCCAGGGAGGCUGUCCAGAUUAAAUCCCAGAUCCCUCACAUUGUUGUGAAGAAUCAGAUCAUCUCACAGCCCUUCCCAGGUCUGCAGCUGUCCAUCUCACUGUGCCACUCCACGGGGGAGAAGAAGAACAACCGGGCGUCUCCAGAGAAACCCAAACCGGACGACCACCUUUACGUACUGGAACACAAUCUGCACCAGAUGAUGAGAGAGUUCCACAAGCAGCAGUUGAGCUCUGUGGUGAUGCCGCAUCCCGCCAGCGCCCCCUUCGGCCACAAACGCAUGCGCCUAGCGGGGCCGAUGGCCUACGACAAGGCCGAAAUCUUUAGCCUGCAGCAGAAUGAGGGGCUUCUGGAGAAGAUCAUCAAACAGGCCAAACACAUCUUCCUACGCAGCAGGACGGCGCGGACCAUCGACAGCCUGGCCAGCCGCAUAGAGGACCCCCAGAUCCAGGCUCACUGGUCCAAUAUCAACGACGUGUUCGAGUCCAGCGUCAAGGUGCUCAUCACCUCUCAGGGCUACGAGCAGAUCUGCAAGUCCAUCCAGCUGCAGCUGAACAUCGGCGUCGAGCAGAUCAGGGUGGUGCACAGAGAUGGACGCGUCGUCACGCUGUCACACCAGGAACAGGAACUGCAGGACUUUCUCCUCUCACAGAUGUCGCAGCAUCAGGUGCACGCUGUCCAGCAGCUGGCCAAAGUGAUGGGCUGGCAUGUCCUGAGCUUCAGUAACCAUGUGGGCCUGGGCCCAGUGGAGAGCAUUGGGAAUGCCUCCGCCGUCACCGUCGCCUCUCCCAAUGGAGAGUACGCCAUCUCAGUGCGUAACGGCCCAGAGAGCGGGUGCAAAGUCCUGGUCCAGUUCCCCCGCAGCCAGACCAAAGAGCUGCCGAAGAGCGACGUCAUCCAGGACGCCAAGUGGAGCCACCUCAGGGGGCCGAGCAAAGAGGUCCACUGGAGCAAGAUGGAGGGACGGAACUUCGUCUACAAGAUGGAGCUCCUCAUGGCCGCGCUGACUCCCUGUCCUUAGAUCCGGUCAGUCCGCGGACUCCUUUCCCCACACACACACACACACACAAAGCCAUGGUUUGUAUUCAGCUGAGCGGCAGUGAACUGGACAACCAAACACAGAGCAUCUAGAGAGAUAUUUGGACAGAGCUUUGCAGCCUUGGCAAAGGCCUCUUUGUCAAAUGUGACAUUUCCAUCCAUUACACCUUUUUCCAUACAAUUCAUGGACUUUUUGAAUACUGCAAUAAUUCCCUCUCCACCUCCACCUGUGUGUCUGUUGUCUGCUCUGUUUUUGAUAAUGCGAUGUUGUCGAGUGUGUCCAACUAAUUGGAUACAAAAUAAAAUGUUACGUCUGUAUGUAUUUACUGUAUGCCGAUUUGUCAUAUCAUCAUAGAAUUAAGGAUUUUAUUUAGAGGUUUUCUAAGGACUUCCAGGUAUUUUUUAUUGUGAGGAAUGUGUUUCUGUAGUCUUGCUUUUUUGAGGUUUUAGCUCAACUUUCUUAAAACGAGUAACAGUCUUUUUUUUGUGUUUAUUCUUUCACUCUGAAAGCCUAAAAAGUAGUCAUGUGAUUCUCCAACUUUUAUCACUGCAUCAGAAAUCUGAUACAGGCCACCUACUGUAAACCGCAAGAUUCAAGUUUGGAUGAUUGUAGUAAAGAGGCCAUAUGCUUACAAAAUAAAUCACACAAUUCCUUUGCUUCGACAAUAAAUACAGUAUGUAUUGUUUUCCAGGGUCAUGAGGGAUAUAUUUACAUUCAAUCCAGUGUCAUCAGCAGUGUGCUGUAAAAGUAUGUGUUCAAUACAAAUGUCAACAUCUUGGGUACACGCUUUCAUAAGUGGCAUACCAUCUUCCUGCCUGUCAGUAACUUGGGCAGCUAAAAAAAAAGAAAUGAGACAUGUAGCCUCACAUACACACCUAAAUUUAAAAAAAAAAAAAAAAUGGAUGAACAGUCUCCGGUUUGUUUUCCUGUCCGGUCCAAAGCACAGCGAGACGUCCAUCAGAGACGCUGCAGCUCUGUCACGUCGGUUUCUGCAUGAAAGGAGGAUGUAACUUAACACAACGCGCUGAUGUAAUGAAGCAAUAAUAGAACUGUGAGACCUUUGUGCUCAGACACACCCACAACCUCAACCCACAUUCACGCCUGUCAAGCCACGUCUAUGCAUUUCACACAACGAUGCAGCAGUGAGAAGGUAACUCCAGGGCAAACAAUCCUCUCGUAUGUACAAGUUUAUAUGAUUUAAAACGAAGAUCCGGCAUAGAACGUCCUCAUUUAAAAAAGCAUUUUACUACUGUCUAGAAAAGUAUCAGUACUUGCCACCAUAUACUUUCCUACCUUUUUAUUUACCCAAGCUGCUGUAAUAAGUCAUCGAGGCAUAAACACCUAAAUGUGUAUUUUGCAUGUUUUCUUUCCACCAGUCAGAAAGAGUUCAUGUUAACGGAAGCAAAAUAGCUCAAAACAUCAAAAUUGAAAAGUGUUUUUUUUUUUUUGUUUUUUUUUGCCUUAAGUUUCUCGCCUUAUGUGCAAACAUGAUGGUGUCUCAUACAAACCGGUCAGUCACAAACGGCCAUGCACUUUACAGACCGAUUGUUUUCAUCCUGGUCUUACCUGGCAUCUGUUUCCUGCGUCUCCAUGCCACUAUCUUCCUGUAGGCCUUGUCCAGCAGCCACAUGGCCAGCAUGAGAAGGCCGGCCAAACAGGCCAGUGCCAAGGCAGAGACGGACAGGUACUGGAGAUCCUCAUAUAGCACCUCUGGAGGACAGGGACACAGGAGUCACUUUUUGUUACAAAAACAAAAAGCUUUGUGCAAAGGACUACUUUCCAGAGAUGCAAACACAAAACACACACGUUUGGGAAUCCAGCUUGUGCGAGGAGAGAGAGGAGGUAGUAGGGAGACUGUGUUUGAUGUAAAGAAAUAAAAGCAUCCUGAUUCUUAUGUCAUGCUCACCAAUAACAAAACCUUACAGUUAUUACACAUAUAGCUAUUUCCAUGUGUCAUUAUUUUAACACUGUGAACUAAAAUCCUGCUCAGGUUGUUUACUAAUGAUUAAGUUGCUUGAUCUGAAGAUCUCAAAGGCUCAUACACUAUUCAAAAUGUGACUCUGGACUUUAACUACCGCCACAGA